AAGCGCCAGACCUACGUGGCCAAACUCCCCGGGGGAAAGAGGGCGAGGACGGAGGCGGACAAGGAGCGCGCGCGCGAGUACGAGAAGACCCCGGCCAGGAAGGCGUCCAAGCUGGCCCGCAAGGAGGCGAACCCGGAGAGGUGGGCGCAAUACAGCAAGGACUCGCGCGCACGCCGCCGGGCGGCUGACCCAGAGGGGUAUCUGGCGAAGGCGGCGGCCGACCAGAUGCGCUUCCGCAACCGCACGAGGCAGAUCAGCUUCGAGGGGGAGGAGGGAAGCAUGGAGCAGACGACCGCCGCUCAGAUCAUCGAGGAGAUGGACUCGUGCUGCUUCUUCUGCGGAGAAGCCCACACCAAUGAGAAGCCUCUCGGUGUUCAUCGCCUGGACACGUCGGGGGAUUGGACUGUCGACAACUGCGUUCCCGCGUGCACCUUGUGCUGGAACAUGAAGAGAAAGGUGGACGCAAAGACCUUCGUGGAACGCUGCGCGCACAUUGCGGCGAUCACGAAUGGCGGCGGUGUAUCAGUAUUCCCUGCAGACAUCUUCGGUGACCAUCCAGGUGCUGGCGAGUACAAUGGAUACCAGUGCAGUGCCAGGAAGAGAGGAAUCCCGUUCGAGCUUUCGCCAUCCGACUUUCAGGAGAAGCUUGCUGGAGACUGCUAUAUUUGCGGCAAGGCCAACUCUGCCACGCACAACAAUGGACUUGACCGUGUGGACAGUUCGCUUGGGUACACUUUUGACAACGUGCGCACAGCUUGUGGAGAUUGCAACUACAUGAAGGCAGAUACUGGCAUCGACAAGUUUCUCGAGCAGGUGGUCAAAAUCGAGAAGAGGGCCGCCAUUACUCUACAGUACAUUCCCAAAGACAUCAAGCGAAGCACUUUCGUUCUGCAGAGGAACUAA